GGUCGUACCUUGCUUCCCAGGUGAGCCACCGCCAGCCAGUGCGCGCACCCCACCACCACCGGUCCACCACCCAGAUCCCCCGCCGGCCGCGCGCAGCCACCAUGCGGACCGCGGCGGCGGCGGCGGCGGCGGCCACGGUGACGCGCUUGGUGCAGCGGGUGGUGGCCCCGUCGGCGCCCACGCCCAGCGGCGAGCUCCCGCUCUCCUGGCUCGACCGCUACCCGACGCAGCGCGCGCUCAUCGAGUCCCUCCACGUCUUCAAGGGCCGCGCCGGCGCCGACGCCGAGGCGCCCGCCAGGGCCAUCGAGCGCGCGCUGGCCGCCGCGCUCGUGAGCUAUUACCCCAUCGCCGGCCGGCUCGCGGUCUCGGACGACGGGGACCUGGUGGUCGACUGCACGGGCGAGGGCGUCUGGUUCGUCGAGGCCACGGCGAGCUGCACCCUCGAGGACGUGGACUACCUCGAGUACCCGCUCAUGGUGCCCAAGGACGAGCUCCUCCCCCACCCCACCUACCCGGCCUCCGACCCCCUCCCCGAGGACUCGCUCAUCCUCCUCGUCCAGGUGACGCGGUUCGCGUGCGGCGGCUUCGUGGUGGGGUUCCGGUUCAGCCACGCCGUCGCCGACGGCCCCGGCGCGGCGCAGUUCAUGACGGCCGUGGGCGACAUCGCGCGCGGGCACGCGGCGCCGCUGGUGUCCCCCUCCUGGGGCCGCGAGGCGAUCCCGAGCCCCGGCCCCGGCGCGGCGGUGGGCCCGCUCCCGGUCCCGACGGAGCUCCGGCUCCAGUACCUCGCCAUGGACAUCUCAACGGAGUACAUCGAGCAUUUCAAGGCCCGGUUCCUGGAGCAGACGGGCCACCGGUGCAGCGCCUUCGAGGUGCUCAUCGCCAAGGCGUGGCAGUCCCGCACCCGCGCCGCCGGGUUCGCGCCGGGCUCCCCCGUGCACGUCUGCUUCGCCAUGAACGCGCGUCCCGCGGUGGCGGCGAUGCGCGGGAGGCCGCUCCCAGACGGGUUCUACGGCAACUGCUACUACAUCAUGCGCGUGUCGGCGGCGGCGGAGGCCGUGGCGGACGCGUCGGUGUACGACGUGGUGCGGCUGAUCCGCGAGGGCAAGAAGCGGCUGCCGUCGGAGUUCGCGCGGUGGAUGGGCGGGGGCGGCGGAGGGGACCCGUACCGGAUCACGUCGGACUACCGGACGCUGCUGGUGUCGGACUGGUCGCGGCUGGGGUUCGAGGAGGUGGACUACGGGUGGGGGUGCCCCGUGCACGUGGUCCCGCUCACCAACCUCGACUACAUCGCGACGUGCAUCCUGGUCCGGCCGUCGGCGCACAAGCCGGGGGCGCGCCUCAUCACGCAGUGCGUCGCCGCCGACGGCGUCGACGACUUCCACAAGGGCAUGAUGCGCCUCGACUGAUGAUGGAUGGAUGAUGAUUCGUUCAUUCCCCGACGACCUGUUAAUCCAGGCCAGCUGCGUAAAUUUAAUUUAAUUCGUUCGUUCGUUGCUGUAUCCUAUGAUUGGGCAGUUGAGUGGGAACUCAUUAUUAUAUAUAAAAAAAUAGAAGAAGAAGAAGAAGAAUACGAUCGAGCAUCACCAACCAAUGGAGAGGAUACAUGCGUGCCUGUAAUGCGAAGCGUUGUUUAUUCUUUCUUCUACGAUGAAACGUUGCCUUUUACUAAGAU